AUGGUCAAGGCUGUUGCUGUUCUCCGUGGAGACUCCAAAAUCUCCGGCACCGUCACCUUCGAGCAGGCUGACGCCAACGCCCCUACCACUGUCUCCUGGAACAUCACCGGCCACGACGCCAACGCUGAGCGUGCCUUCCAUGUCCACCAGUUCGGUGACAACACCAACGGCUGCACCUCCGCUGGCCCUCACUUCAACCCCUUCGGCAAGGAGCACGGUGCUCCCGAGGAUGAGAACCGCCACGUCGGUGACUUGGGCAACUUCAAGACCGAUGCUGAGGGUAACGCCGUCGGCUCCAAGCAGGACAAGCUUAUUAAGCUGAUCGGUGCCGAGAGCGUACUUGGCCGUACUCUCGUCAUCCACGCCGGUACUGACGACCUUGGCCGUAGUGAACACCCGGAGUCCAAGAAGACUGGCAAUGCUGGUGCUCGCCCCGCUUGCGGUGUCAUUGGCAUUGCUGCUUAA